AUGCAGCCCAGGUCCAGAGGAAACUUUGUAAGAGAAGCAACAGGACAAGCUGCUAAAUCAGCAAGGACAGUUGUCAUCGCUGGUGUUCCAGAUGGCCUUCUGCACAAUGAUGUUAUGAGUGACAUACUGGUGAUUCAUUUCCAAAAGUUGAAGAACAACGGUGGAGAUGUGGAAGAAGUAAUAUAUCCAACCACGAGAAAAGGAGUCGCCUAUGUAACCUUUGAAGAUCAAGAAGUUGCAGAGAGUGUUCUAAAGAAGGACGAGCAUCAACUAAAAGACGUGAGAUUGCCCAGACACUACCUACUGGAAGUAACCCGUUACUGUGAAAAUGUCUUCAGCUCUGUCACAUCUGUCCUCAACAUGUCUGUUUUCAAAGAUCAGUUUGUUUUAGAAGAUCUGUUAGAAGAAUUUAAAAAGAAGAGCACCGCUUUGAGCUUCGGUCCUUUGCAAUCCAACGGGCAUAUUUCUGUUCAGGGGUCGUUUCCAGCGAUCAAGUUGCUAAGAGACUUUCUCUUACUAAAAGCAAAAUCCCUUCCAGAGGAGAACAAAAGAGAAGAAAGUAAAUCUCACCAGAGACCAAGGAGGAGGCUACAGCAACACAGACUGACCCAGGAGACGAGUAAUUUCAUUCAUGAUGCAGAUAGGGAAAAACAAGUGGUUGUUCUUGACACGGAUGUGUAUUGUUACAUGAAGUGCUUUUUUUCCAGGACAUUCCUAGUACAUGAUGUUGUAAUUUCUGACACCACUGAUGGUGAUAUAACCACAGUGUGUAUUGAGAAUGCUGGAAGUAGGUCUGAUGCUGGACAGGUAUUAAGAGUCAAAAAGAAAAUUGAAAAUGAGUCUAGAAAGCUCCAUAAUGCUUUACGUAAAGAAAGGAUCUGCUUUGAGAAGCACACCAGAGAUGAAAAGCGGAGAUAUAAGUGGGUGUGUGAAAGUCUAAAACCCCAUUACCCUUACGUUUUGAUCAUUCCUUACGAUACUCACAUUGAUGUGAUAGGAAAUUCUUCUCAGAUUUUUGAAUUUGUAAGGGAAAUGAGCAAUAAGAUUCAGAGCCUGUUUCAAACCAGGUAG